AUCAACGAGGGCAGCAAUCGCUUGGAAGGGGGCCAGGGACAUGCUCGAGAGCAACCCGACGGAGGCCUUCAAUACGCUCGAGGAGGAGGCUCGCAGGUUGGCGCACUUCCGCGACGUGCUUCCGCAGGGCGCGUAUGCCGAAUACGAGAACUUGGUCAAGGUGGUGCUGACUGACGUCCAACGGUUCUUCAAGAACUUGUGCUCCAAGAAUGACCCGCAGUCGAUGAUCUACCAGGUGCCUGUGCAGAAAGCCCUCUCCGAGUGCACGUUGGCCUUCCCGUUGGACGCGGGCGUGUCUGCCAUGAGCGACGAGGUUGGCCAGCUCAUCUGCGAGACGAGCUACGAGGCGCCGAUCGAGAGCUUCUCCACGGAGCUGGUGGAGGCCCACGUUCAGGCAUCCAAGCAGAGCAGGACCAAAGGUUGGAGCGAUGCAGUUGACAAUGCCAGCCUUGCGUACAGGGGCCUUGUCAACCUCAGCGUUGGCAUCAAUGACGAGACGAAGCUGCAGGAUCUAUUCGGCGCUGUUCGGGUUCUCGGCGACGCGCUUCGUGACAUCGACGGUGGCGGGUACAAUGGGAUUGACGUGGCCCUCUCAAGCAUUCGAGCCGAUGCGACGCCUCAGAGCAUCGCGGACGUUGGCGCCGCAGACCUCCUCGUGACGUGCCAAGAGAGCUCGAGCUUGGUCCCCGCGGCGCGUCAGGAGAUCGAGCUGCUGCAGAGGACCAUCGACGGCAUCAAUAUUGCCGACGGUGAUCUCGAGGGUGGUGCAGCGUUUCAGGCUUUGUACACCUUUGCCAAGACGGUCACCGACGCGGCGAAAGACCGCGUGAAUGAGGUUUCCAAGGUGGCGCUGGAUGGGUUCACAGCGUCGGCGAGACUCGCGGUGGCGGACGUGCUUCGCGCCUCGGAGAAGAUGGGCAACGCGGACGCGUGGGCCGCGCUCACCGCCAAGACCACGGCGUGGGCUAAGUGGAGCGCCGAGGCCGCGCCGAUCUUCAAGGAUUUCAGGUCGGAGAACUUCAGCAGCCAGCUGGCUGCGCUUCACAAGGCCACGGCUUGCAGUAACUUGAG